UUCGCCCUAAAUUUCCCCUAAAUUUCCCACAACCACAACGCCAUCUCAAACCACGGCAAGAAUUCUUCUUGCGAGGAUUCGUGUCUAGUAGAGGAGAUGAAGCCAGCUGUGGAAGGGGACGAGCGGGCGGCGGAGAUCGCCCGCAUCAAGGCAGCCGCCGCCGACGCAGCAGCAAAGAAGGCUGCGGCGGACGAGGUGGUGGAUGUGGAGGAGGAGGAAGAGGAGGAGGAGGAGGCUGUUGAUGCUGAGGACGACGAUGACGAGGACGACGGUGACGAGGAGGAGGAGGACGACGAAGAUGAUGCUGACGAGGAGGACGACGGGGAGAAGGGGUCGGCGGGGCAGCAGGUGGUGGACAUCUCCGACGAGGAGGAGGAAGAAGCCGGCGACGAAGAGGAGGGCGGCGACGAUGAUGACGACGACGACGACGAUGAAGAUGAUGAGGAGGAUGACGAUGAAGUCGAAGGGGAGGAGGACCCCGAGGAGGAGCUGGGAACUGAGUAUCUGGUGCAGCCACUUGGCCGUGCUGAAGAUGAAGAGCAUUCUAGUGAUUUCGAGCCGGAAGAAAAUGGUGAUGGUGCGGAUGAUGAUGAGAUUGAUGAGGAUGAUGAAGAUGGUGAUGAUGCUGUUAAGGCGCAAUCCUCCUCAAAGAGGAAGAGGUCAGGUGGUGAGGAUGAGGAUGAGGAUGACGACGAUGAUGGUGAUGACGACGAUGAUGAUGAUGGGAGGCCUCCCUCAAAGCGAUAGUAAAAGUAACCUUGGCUAAUCUUCUGCUAAGGGCAAGGAAAAUAAUCUGCUUGGAGAAGAUUGUUGGUAAAUGCUUGUAGCUCUAGGACAUCUGUGGUAGGUGUAGCAGCUCAAACUUGAAGAGUCUACCCAUGUUAGUUGUUAGUGCAUACUGCUGAUGUUGAUUUAGCCUCCGGGAAUCUCUGUGAGAAUUAGAUAUGGGGCUUGUUAUAUGCUUGUGUAGCUUCUAAUUCAGUUCUGUGAAAUGUGGAUGCUCUGUUCUCAA